AUGGUGGCAGUGGACCUCCAAGGGCUGCCUGAAGAGGGGCGGAACUACCAUCAGUUGCGUCGGCCCUCCAUGACCCCGUGCCCGAGCAGGGGGCUGCCCCAGAACCGUCCCCAGCAGACACGCAAAAAACUCCAAGUCAUCAUCUUCAUCCUGCUGGUGGAGCUGUUUGAGAGGUUCACCUUCUUUGGGAUUGUGUGUAACAUGAUCCUGUUCUGUACGGUGAAGCUGGGCUAUGAUCACUACCAGGCUGCUACCGUUAACCUGUGCUUUGUGGGGGCCAGUACACUCACUCCUGUGAUGGUGGGAUGGUUUGCUGAUACCUGCCUUGGGAGAACCAAGGUGCUCUACUUGUGUACUCUGCUCCAUCUCUUUGGCACAGCCAUGCUCCCAGUGGUGGCGUUCCCGUUCGAGGACUUCUACAUCGACACGCACAACAUGAUUCACCAGAUGGAGCACCGGGAGCAGCACAUCCUGUUCUACACUGGCCUGCUUGCAGCUGCCCUGGGCAUCGGGGGCAUCCGUGCCAUCCUCUGUCCCAUGGGGCCAUACAAACUACAGGGCUACGACCAGCACCAGCUACUCUCCUUCUUCAACUGGUUCUACUGGCUGGUGAACCUGAACUCGACGAUAGUGUUUUUGGGUAUCGCCUACAUCCAGCAGUCAGUGGCCAACAACCUGGGCUUCCUCAUCCCCUUCAUGUCUGUGCUGCUGAUGCUCAUCGCCAUACACAUGGUCCGCAACAACCUUAUCUUCAGGCCCAAGAAAGGAAGUUCCCUGCUGACUACUAUGGGGGUGUUCCUGAACUCUCUGAAGAUGUGCUGCCUGCACUACCGCCACCUGAGUGGAGACGUAGCCAGCUGGCUGGACCGCGCCAAGGAGAACAACGGGGGGUGCUACAGUGAGACACACGUGGAGAACGUCAAAGUCCUGGCAAGGCUCUUCCCCCUGUACAGCUUGCAGAUACUGUACCGCGCCUGCAUCACUCAGAUUCCAUCAGGUUACUACAUUCAGACCAUGAACUCUAACCUGCACCUGAAUGGCUUCCUCCUGCCCAUCGGUGCCAUGAACCUCAUCAGCAUCCUACCUCUGCUGCUGCUAGCCCCUCUCAUGGAGUGUGUCACCUCCUGCUACCUGUCCAUGGAGAAAACACCCUUCUCCCCCGCCAGAGUCAUCACACUGGGUCAUGCCUUUGCAGCUCUGUCUGUCCUGGUAGCUGGCCUGUUUGAGGUCCACAGGAAGGGCUAUCCUCUGACGGAGCAGGCCCUGUCAGGGAAGGUGCUCCAGGUGUCCUCCAUGGCCUGCAUCCAGCUGGCUCCCCAGUACAUCCUACUGGGUCUGGCUGAGGCCCUUGUCACCCCCUCCUGCUCUGUGAUCUCCUUCCACCUGACACCCAGUCAUAUCAGAGGCAUCUCCCUGCACUUCCUCACCCUGUCCUACGGAGGGGGCUGUUUCCUGGGAGCCCUCAUCAUCCAGCUGGUCUACCUACUCUCUGGAGGUAACUGGUACCCAAACACCCUGCAUGAAGGGAAUCUGGAGCAUUUUUUCUUCUUCUUAGCCAUGUUGAUGACCAUAAACACUCUAGUGUUCUGGUGGAUAUCUUACAGGUACCUAGACCUGAGUGUGGUGCAGAGUAGAGGAGUAGGAAGCAGCCUCCUGGCAGAGAAGCUACUGCAGUACAAGACCUGCCUGCGAUUCUACGACACCAUGGAACGCUCCUCCACAAUAGCCUCCAUAGAAACAGGGUUGUGACCUCUACACUACCUUCAUCCCCUGUAGAGCUGAAGUUCCACUUGGUUUAUUUAUUUACACUACAUGACCAAAAGUAUGUGGACCCCUGCUUGUCAAACA